GCGGUCCUCCUCGGCGCCGGGAAGCUCGCAGCUGUUCGCUCGCUCACGUGACUGAUUUAAGGCAGCUCGCGCGGGGUUCCCGGCAUCAUCGGCGCGGCUGCCGGCAUAUGUGCGGCGAGCCGCGCGCCCAACGGAUGUGCUUCUCCGGAUCAGCGUCGCCACAGCGCCACCGUACCGUUGACCAUGUGAAAGCGCCGCCCAACGUCACCCCAGUGCCUGCGUUCGGAUGAUGCCAGGGGUCUACAUAUGGAUCAUCACGGCUGGCAUCGUCACUGGCGCCUUGCUGCUGGGCCUAGUCGUCUGGCUGGUAGUGUUCCGGCUACGUAGGUCUAAGCGCAACAGCGACACGGCCGAGCCGCCGCUUCUGACGCGGGAACCAUGGCAUCGAAAAUCUAUGCUGUCACAGCCUCUGGCCGGUGGGCUGCCCACCAAGUCCGGCGGGCUCGAUCUGGGCCCGGCGCCAUCGCUGCUGACUCCCGAGUCGUUCGACGUGCAGCCGUCCCAGCUGACCAUUACCGAGCCGGUGCAGCCUGUGGCUCGGCCGGGAUUUGUCCGCUGGAACUCCUUCUGCUCCCCUUCGGCAGAGGGGCUCGUCGGAAACCUAAUGCCUAAGGGUUGCAACGUCGGUCCUGACCAAACACGCUCCUAUCAGUUUUGGGUUCAACACAGCUUUUGCCGCUCCCGCGGCCGCCUUUUCAUGCAUAUCUGUGCACCCGGCUUGGACAAACUCGGCGAAGCGCAAAAGCAGUGCCUGCG